AGAGAAAAAUUACAAUCUAUCCUCCUUAAAUACUCUAAAGUCAUUAUUUUAUCAUCAUCAUCAUCAUAUAACAAAGAUCAUGAAGAGUUAUACUGUAACCACCAUUCUUUCAUUAGCAAUUUUGUUGAGUCUUCUUACUCCGUCUCUAGGGGAUGACAUCAUGUUUUGCCCAGGAACUUUUACCGUAGACGAUGUGUGUAGUAACAUUAGUUGUGGAUACUUGGCGUUGUUCCAUUGGCCGGCAAGUGAGAUGCCCCAAAAGUGUGUAUGUUCGGCUCUUGGAGCAAACCAAAGCAUUUGCACUUGUCAAAUUGGGAUGACAUCAAGUUUUGCCCAGGAACUUUUACCGUAGACGAUGUGUGUAGUAACAUUAGUUGUGGAUACUUGGCGUUGUUCCAUUGGCCGGCAAGUGAGAUGCCCCAAAAGUGUGUAUGUUCGGCUCUUGCAGCAAACCAAAGCCUUUGCACUUGUCAAAUUGUAUGUUAGUAAUCACAAAGACACGUCUUUCCUUAAAAGUGUUUUUCCACCAUAUGUAUUCAAAGCAUUUUAAGAACAACAAUAAAACUUUAUUCAGUUAAA